AUGCAACUAAAUCGACCAAGAGUUUUGUCGGCCACACCUCGAUCCAACAGGAAUAAAGAGGUGUUUUAUGACGCGAGCGGUUUCGAAUUUCGGCUCCACAGGGACACUCGAACCAAAGGACCGAUUUACAGGUGCUUGCAAAAAAAAUGUGGUCUUCUUGGCAAAUACUCAGCUCAAGACGGAUGCAUUAUCAGCGAAGGUCAUCAUGCACACAUGGCCCCGAACUAUGGAAAAGAGAUACGUGGUGUGAAGAAAAUUGUUAAACAUCACGCGGCAGUUGGCGUGCAGAUACGAGAAAUUGUGCAACAUUCGAGCGAGUUGAUACGUGUCCUGCAUAUCAAAAAGGAGAUUCGAAUGCACUCAAAAUCUAUGCCCAUGAUAUUGGGUUGGAACUACUUAGAAAUAAUCGGACCUGGACGGCCGACGGCACCUUCUACGCUUGUCCCUCGGAUUUUUCGCAGUUAUUUAUCGUCGGUGUUCAAAUCGGGCAUCCUUUUUAUUCCCUGUGUCUUUGCUUUGUUGAGCGGAAAAGCGAGUUUAUGUUACGAGAUAGUUUUUCGCUUUAUUCUUUCACAGAAUAUUGCUUCACCAAAUUGCUUGAUGACAGAUUUUGAAAGAGGCAUCUAUCAAGGCUUCCAACAAGUGUACGGAGGUGCUGUCCAUCAUAAAUAUUGUGUUUUCCACUUUUACCAAAACAUACUUCGAAAUCUAAAGAGAUACGGGCUAAAUUCGCAACUGCAGACUCCAUAUGGAAAAAUGCAUCUGCACUCAACAAUGGCCUUGUCCUUAGUUGAUCCUCAAGAAGUUGCCGAUUACUUUGACGCCCUGAUUGUUUCUUCGCAGAAUGCACCGCCACCCGGAGUCAACAUGACUUCAGUUAAAAAAUUUUACAAAUUCCUUGCAAAAAACUACAUUGGAAAAGUUGUCAACGGGAGCUUUCGCCGGCCACCCACGUAUCCUGUUGAUAAGUGGAAUGUUUACAGUCGUGUUAUCCAAUCUCAGCAACUUGGUAAUGCAACACACGAAGCGUUUAAUUCUUUAUUGAAGUCCGGACCAAAGAGUCCACAUCCUGGGAUGCAUCCGUUGAGAUGUGUGCUCAUCUUGACAGUUGUUCUUCUCGAACGAAAUGUUGUGAUAACAUCAGAUGAAGAUUUUGACGAGCAAGUAGACAACUGCCCAAAGGGUCACUGCAUGAAUGUUUCACUUGUCGAACUCCUUGACAGCACUUGGGAGAUUCUUGAAAGCGAUUUAUGUGAAGGAAUCUGUCUGUGUAGAUUAUGCCACUUAGAAGAUUCAUUGGAGAAAGACCCUUGUUGUUCUUUGCUCGCGCAAACAUGGCAACUAACUGGAAUCAGACGAGAAAAAGUUCAACCUGGAUGGGCC